AUGGACAUAGAUAUCCUUGAGGAAAAAAUAAAAAGUCUGGAAGAAGAAUUAAAAAAGUUCGAAAAAGAAGAAGCAUGUAAAAUUGAAAAGAUAGAAAAGGACAUUGAUUUAUUAGAUAAAAGUGUAAAAGAUUUAAGAAAAAAAAAAGUAAACAAAUUAUCACUGAGUGUUAACAAAUGUUUUGAAAAGAAAUUUAAUGAAAAUAAAAAUUCCAGAAAAAAAAAAAAAAAAUUUCUAAAAGGCAUAAAAAAAGAUAUAUUACUUGAAUUAAAAUUAUGGCAAAAUGAAAAGAAAAAAUGUAACAGUACUUUUUUAAAUAAUACUUAUCAAAUAAAAAACAUGUUUGAAGAAAUAACAAAUGAAAUAAAACAUACAUUCUUAUCCUUAAAUACAAAAAGACAAUAUUUAUUUAAAUAUAUAUUUGAUAAAAUAGCAAACUUUAAAAACAAUGCUAUUUUAUAUUAUAAUAAAUAUAUAACUAUACAAACAGAAAUUGAUUCUUUAUUUGAGUCCAUAAAUAAUAAUACAAUAACUGAUAUUUAUAUAUUAAAUCAAAAUUCUUUACUAUUCCAAAAAGAAUUGGUAAAUAUGUUUCAACGUUUUUAUUACCAAAUAGAAAACUCUAUAAUGGAAUAG